AUGCUUCCGCGAUGUGUACCGCCUUUUUUCGUUCGUGACUCGAGACCUCGAGGAAAAUCCCGGCUCACGCAGUAUUUUUACUUUCAAAAUGGAUGGGGCCCCCCUCUGAGGAGCGGCGCACGGUUUGAAUUGACGCUAAAGAACGUCGUUAGAGGCGCCACACAUUGCACUAUCCUCCCGCCAUCUACUGGCCUCAUCUUUUUCAGCAUUUGCAAUUUCUUCAAUGAGAUUUGCUUGCGAUUGGAGCUCGAUAAAGCAGAAAUGACAUAUAAGCGUAAAAAAUAUCACAGAGGGGAUACACAUUUGAAAAAAGGAUGGAAAACUAAAAGAAGAACGAAAGAUUUGGAUGAGAUUGAUGAAGAUUUGAAAGAGCAGAAUGUGAAACAAUUAUUACAUCAAGAAGUGGAUUUAGAUAAGCCAGGAGCUGCACAACAUUAUUGUGUACAUUGCGCGAGAUAUUUUAUAAACCAAACUGCUUUGCAUAGCCAUUUUACAACAAAGGUACAUAAACGUAGGUUAAAAGCUCUUGAGUUAGAACCUUAUAGUAUUGAAGAAUCUGAAAGAGCUGCUGGAAAAGGAAGUUAUAUAGCACCACAAAAAAGAGAAAUAGAAACUUUAACUGUAGAUAAUGAUACAGACACAAUAUCACAAUCUAACCUAGAAAAAAUGGAUAGCUAA